AUGGCUCAACUCGGCUCACUGCAUGUGUCCGUGGGCAUCCUGGGCAUCUCUGGCGGUUCUCUCCUGCUUUUGGUGAACGACUAUGGCAGCUCUCCUGAAAGAGAGCUCAUCCCCUACACUGCACUGGGGAUUCUGCUCCUCAUCAUUGCAGCCCUCUUAGCUUAUGCAGGUAUCUGCCGCAGUCUGUCCUACGCCCAGCUGUUUUCGUCUGUGUGUCUGACUGUCUCCGCCCUGUGGUGUGGUUCAGGUCUGGUGUACAUCCUGGUGGGGCAGGGAGUGCUGCAGCCCACAGACCUGAGAUCCUCUCUGAUCCCUGGUCUGGCAGCUUUCACUUUAGCUCUGCUCAUCAUCGGCAGUGUUGCACUCAUAGUAAAGAAAGCAGUUCUGGCUGUCAUAGCUAUUGGCAUUAGCCUAGCAUGUGCCCAUCAAAUCGCCGGUCUGGCAGCUGCAGGUUUUGGUCAGUCUGCCACAGCUGCUAACUACCUUGUCGUCUGUCUGGUUGGUGUUUACUUUGGUGUUGGGCGUCUGCUGUCCAUCAUCACUCAUGGCAAAGUGGAACCUCCAGGAACAGGCCUGAAGAGAAAAGCUGAGCUGAAAACAGAGCAGAACCAGGGGUGUAGCGAUGCUGUGUCAGUGGGUUUGGUGAUGAACUUGCUGUCUGCCUCUGUGUUAGCCUGUCCUCUGUUAGGUGUGGUCCCCCGGCUCUUCACUGGUCAUGUCCCCUGGCUGUGGACAGCUGGAGUCUACCAGCUCGGCAUGUGUGUCCUCUUUUAUCGAGCCAUGGACACACUAGUUGCCACGUUUUAUGGCUUCACUGCUCUGUUGAGAUUUGCAGAAGGUUACAGCGCUCUCUUAUCGUUCUACUCAAUCCAGCCUUUCUCCCCUGUUCCCUUCCCUGUCGUCUUUUCUGUGCUGUUCUUCGUCUUGGCUCUGUUCAGUUGUCAGAAAAGCUUGCUGGAGGGACUCUACCAAUUAUUCUUUGUUGCCUAUUGUAUUGCCAUUGCAGCCCAGCCGCAAGGCUUCUUCCAAGGAGGCACUCAGGGUGUACAGGCAGCUAUAUUUGUGGUCUCUGCCUGCAUGCUUUUAAUUACCACUUUCAAUAUGGUCUCCAGUACCAUGAUUCCCACAGGGCAGGGCUAUUUCAAGGCUUUAGUAACCAGGAUGCAGAGAUUUACCCUCAGAGCACAUGAUAAAGAACUGCAUACACCUCACCUGGGUUACUCCAAAUAUGCAGAUGCUGAGGUGUUAGGCCACGCUUGCAAUGUAUUGGCUGCUUUUGCUGUCACAGCCACAAUUGGUGACAGAAAUCCUCUUUAUGUGCUGGUUCUGCCCUGGGUUGUGGUGGCUGGUGGGGCGCUCCAGCUGCUCUGUGGCUCAGUUGCAUUCGCUCGGGGUAAAACCUUUGAGAGUGCAGUUUUUAUGGUCUAUGGCAUGAUGUGGACAGUGUGGGGGUUGACACGAUACGGCGGCCUGUACGGUGAAACCAGAGGCUUCAAUGUUUCUGUCGGGAUCAUUACCUUCAUGCUGUUUAACAUUUUAGUGACAGCUGCGGCGCUCUUUCUAAAUAUCGCCUGGUUUGUCUACUCCUUCACCUUCCAGCUCAUCCUCAUUAGCUUCCUGCUGGAUGCAGUGGGUGCUCUGCCUUUUGGUUAUGACAUAGGAGUCACCAUCAUCUUUGGUCUCGUCAGUUUCUAUUGUUUCCUGGGCCACCUUUUCAACAGCACCUUCCAGUCCCCCCAGAUCCCCUUUGGGAAACCUUUCCUCAAGCUGAGAGGUGUUGGGGGAGGCGCCAAUGUCUGUCCACAUGUACCAGCCCGAAAGGCCACAUCUGUCCAGCAGAUUGCAGAAAUCAUGAAAAACGGCGGCAUAUGUGGAAUGCCUACUGACACCGUCUAUGUCCUGGUGGCAGCUUGCAACAGGCCUGACGCAGUUGUUAAAGCUUACAAGGUGAAGAAGCAGGCGCAGGACAGACCCAUGUCCAUGUGGAUCUCCUCCAUCAAGCAGCUGGAGCCAGUGCGACACCUAAUGAGCCCUCUGCUGCUGGACUUCAUGCAGGCUGCGUGGCCCUCCUCCAUUAGCAUGGUUAUACUC